AUGGCAGGAUUCAAACAGUUGUUGUAUUACACUUUUCGUGUGCUGCACAUGAUUGUGAACAAUAUCAUGGCCAUUCCUGCCUUUACUGUUUGGAUUAUUCUUCUUUCACCACUGAGGAAACUGCAACCUAGUUUGUACUGGCAGAUAGAGAGAAUUCUUUUCAAGGCAAUCUUAAGUUUUGUGGUGAUGUGGACGAAUUCUGGGGGAUAUAAAAUCAUAGAGUCAGGGGACGACCUUGCGACCCUGCAUGAUAAGCGAGUCCUGUUACUAGUCAACCACCAGUCCACGGCCGACAUUCCGUGCGUGAUGUCUGCAUUGCUGCCAAAGUCGAAUGUGAUUGGACAGAUCAUGUGGAUAAUGGACUACAUUUUAAUCUACACCAACUUUGGCUGGGUCGCCUUUCUGCAUGGGGAUUUCUUUAUACAGCAGGGAAAAGAAUACAGGGAUAGCCAACUUGAUUUGCUCAAGCGACAUUUGUUGGACGUGUAUUUGCCGACAGACAAGCGCUGGAUUGUACUUUUUCCUGAAGGGGGUUUUCUCUACAAGCGAAGACCAAGGAGUCAGGCUUUUGCAGAGAAGAAUGGCCACCCAGUGCUGAACAAUGUGGCCCUGCCAAGGAUAGGAGCCAUGAAUACAAUCAUAGACACACUCUCAGGACCAGCACAGAAGUCUGCAGACGAGCCCAGUAGGAAGCUAGAGUGGGUGGUGGACAUGACCCUCGGGUACCCUAAAGGGGAGGCUCUCGACAUGCCAGGUAUAUGCAUCGGUUGGUGGUCGCCUAGAAACAUACACAUACACUACAGGGCGUAUCCCAUAGCAGACAUUCCCGUAACGUGUGAUGCUCAACAACAGUGGUUGUACGAUCGAUACACAGAGAAAGAAGCGCUCCUGGAGCAUUUUUACCUGCAUCAUGAGUUUCCUGACAUGUCUCUGCAAGAAAAAAGAAAUCUGCCGAUGAUGAAUCAACGUGAAGUUCCCUUUGAUCGGGUCUGGUUCCUUAUUGCCUAUGCAUUUUACGCAGUUUCAGCAUAUGUUUUCUGGAUUUAUAUUUAUUACCCUAUGUGGUCAUUGAUUUCUUCUCUAGUCAGCUAUAUUUUCUAGUCAAAUUUUAUUUUUAAGGAUUCUGUUUCAAAUGUUCUUGAAUUUUCUUUUUAAUGUUUUAUGAUGUUCACAAAGUAUUAUUUUAACACUAUUCUAUCAUGUCUUUUCAAUAAUUUGCCUUACAUGUUUUUGACUGUCAAUUUAUCUAUUGCACUAACAAUUUGUAUGUCAUGCCCGUAAAUCACAUAUUUCUAUACAUGUGUAUUUUUUAACUUUACUGAAAUGUUUACUUGAGUUGUAAUGAAAUACAUUUCAUUGAUUAUUUUAAAAAAGUCAUUAGUAAGUAGUUAAAUUUAUUGCAAUAUAUAUAAUGUAAUUUUUUAAAUGCUUUUAUGUGGUUUAAUGGGAAAUAUUAGUGAUUUUAAAGACAUAAAUCACUGUUUCAAAAUAAAUUGAUUACAUUGAAAAUUACCAAUAACGAGUUCACUGUUUUACUGUCAGAUUGAUUCUAUUGUUUACAAUAUGACAUCAUUAGUCCACUAAAAUAAUAGGUAAAUGACACAUUAAAUAAAAUAAUGAUUUUUAUUAACUGGUGAUUGCCAUUAUUUAGAACAUUGUUAUACCAAAUUCUUUAUUAUUUCAAAUUAUUAUUUUGGUGCUGACUUUUUCCUUCAUAAUUUAAUUUGAAAUUAUUAUUUCAAUUCUAAGUCUGCAUUAUCGAUUUACUGCUAUUUUAAACCCAUUAUCCAGUCCUAUCUUCACUUUUAAUUGUCACUAACAAUAGUUGUUCUUAAUUUAAGCGUGUUAAGCUUUUGCUAAAACAAGUUUGGAUGGAAAGAUUUUGAUAAAAUAUUUUUUAUGUAUAUGUUUACAAGUUGAACUUCAUGACAUUUAAAGAAUAAGUCAAUAUUGAUGAUAUGGGGUAAUUAUAAUAAUAAUGAUAACAAUUAUAAAAAAAAGAUGUUGUUUUUACAGAUAUGUACAUGACCGAAUCACCUUGUGUUUAGAGGUCAAAAACAAAUAUAUAAUUGUAUUUGAAUGGAUUAUACAGAAAUAUUCUAUUAAAAUAUUUGUUAUUACAAAGUAAUUUUGGUUGUCUGGCGACUUCCAAACAAUGAGGUUUGACUAUAUUAUUGAUAUUACUCAAUGUUUCAUUUUUAGCUCAUCUAUUUUUUGAAAAAAAAUUAUGAGCUAUUGUCAUCACCUUGGCGUCGGCGUUGGCGUCCGGUUAAGUUUUGCGUUUAGGUCCACUUUUCUCAGAAAGUAUCAAUGCUUUUGCAUUCAAACUUGGUACACUUACUAACUAUCAUGAGGGGACUGGGCAGGCAAAGUUAGAUAACUCUGGCGUGCAUUUUGACAGAAUUAUGUGCCCUUUUUAUACUUAGAAAAUUGAAAAUUUUGGUUAAGUUUUGCGUUUAGGUCCACUUUUCUCAAAAAGUAUCUAUGCUAUGGCAUUUAAACUUGGUACACUUACUUACUAUCAUAAGGGGACUGGGCAGGCAAAGUUAGAUAACUCUGGCGUGCAUUUUGACAGAAUUAUGUGCCCUUUUUAUACUUAGAAAAUUGAAAAUUUGGUUAAGUUUUGUGUUUAGGUCCACUUUAUUCCUACAGUAUCAAAGCUAUUGCUUUCAUACUUGCAACACUUAUUAACUAUCAUAAGGGGACUGUGCAGGCAAAGUAAUGUAACUCUGACUGGCAUUUUGACAGAAUUAUGUGCCCUUUUUAUACAUAGAAAAUUGAAAAUUUGGUUAAGUUUUGUUUUGGUCCACUUUACCCCUAAAGUAUCAUAGAUAUUGCUUUCAUACUUGGAACACUCGCAAACUAUCAUAAGGGUACAGUAAAAGGACAAGUUGCAUAACUCUGGUUGUCAUUUUUACGGGAUUAGGGCCCUUUUUUGACUUAGUAACUUUGAAUAUAUGGUUAAAUUUUGUGUUUCGAUCCACUUUACUUCUUAAGUGACUCAAGGCUAUUGCUUUCAAACUUCAAAUACUUUCAUGCUAUCAUGAGGUUACUGUACCUGGCAAGUUGAAUUUUACCUUGACCUUUGAAUGACCUUGACUCUCAAGGUCCAAUUAUUAAAUUUUGCUAAAAUUGCCAUAACUUGUUUAUUUAUGAUUAGAUUUGAUUGAUACUUUGUCAAAACUACUCUUACCUGACAUACCACAAUAGACUCCACCCA